CACCGUUCUGCCUUUGCUCUGUCAGCCUCACUGGCUAGCUGCUAGAAGCUAGCACCCGCUCUCACUGCUUUAAUUUUUUAUGUUUUCUAUAUUCUGUCCCUUUUCUUUGUAAAUAUACUACGGCCUCGUCAUCCCCUUUCGAUAUACUUGAAUAAAAUGGUCGUUUUGACAAAUGAUGAAGAACAGGAUUACAUCCUGAUAGAGGAGCGUAAAUGCGUCUCACUGCCCUGCUCGCCUGCUAAGCGAGUUUCUCCAGCCAAAAGGAAGCAUUACAUCAAUCAAGCCGUCCGCAACUCUGAGCUCACUCCACGCGCCAAAGGCAAAAAGAGCCUCCGCCGACAGGAGAACACUCGUUUUCUUGCCAAUCUCCUGGAGAAGGACGAAUGCUCCAAAGACGACCUGGAGGUUUGCAGCAACCCGGCCCUGCCGUCAAUCUUUACUGAGGCCUGCACCAACGGAAACUACAUAGAGCCGUGGAACGACUUCAUGAACUGCUCCGGCGAGGAGCAGGAGCGGCUGCUUUCUCUCCUGGAGCAGGAGGGAACCAAGAGGAAAAACGCCAAUCAACUUCUCAAAGACCACAGGAAUGUGUAUCCUGCCUUUCCUGCUCAGGAGUGCUUCCACAGAAUCGAUCGGCGGCUCCGAGCGACUCUGAGACGGAAGCAGAUACCCAUGGGAACACUGGAAGUGAUCGAAGAAACCCUCCUCAGCUUCUUCAGCGCCGAACCUCACUCAGUUUACACAACCAUCCUCAGCAGCAGUUUUGAGAGGCUGCUUCUUCAUGCCAUCUGCCAGUACAUGGACCUCGUCUCUGCAAGCAUCGACUACAACGGCUCACGUCAGACCGAAGUGACGAACAAACAAGACGAGUUUCUUCCUCCUGGACUUUUACUGUCCGCCUACCUGGAGAAGAUGAGCUGAGACCUCCUCUUCCUCUGUAAUGUAAAUGUAAAUAGGACGUGGGGUGAAUUUUCCAUUAAUUCGAUCCACAAAGAAACUUCAACAAACAUUUAAGUCAACCUUCAACUUGCGUUUCUUUCCAAAACUUUAGACCAUUUCAGUCCAUCCAGUUUCUCACCCGUUGCUGGUUUGGAGCAAAAACCCUCAUAACAUUUUUUUUUAAUGUUGUCGGACUCGAAAAACGAUGUUUUUGAACGCCUUUUGAAACGACUAAUGAUUACAAAACGUUUGUAAUCUCUGUUUUGAUUAAUGCCGCCACUUGAGGACAUUUCUAAAGUAGGAUUUAGUCAAACGCAGAAACUGAAAAACGCUUUUUGUCGCGCUUGUUUUGUAGUCUGACCGGAAACGAGGAGUCAUAAAACGAUGAGCUCGUGUUCUUCUCCAAGUGGAGAUUUAUAAAUUUUAAUCUUUUCCAUUAGAGAAUAAUAAAAAUGGACCAAGCUGUAUUUUUACUCUAAGCUUUAAAGAUUAAUUAAUUGUGAUAACAAAAGUUAUUUUUCUUCUCAUUGGCCUUUAUUACUGUGAGAAACGUUUGAAUUAUAAAAAAUAUGGUAAAAGUUUUUCCAACUUCAAUGUGACAUUUAUCCUGUACAACUAAAACAUAACCUGGUUGCAUAAAUAUGUGCACAACCUUAAGCUAAUACUUUGAUAAAUAAUGUAUUGACUUAGUUUAUUGUUGUGUUUUAAUGCUAAUCUAACAGCCUCCAUCUUCUUGGUCUUUGAUUUGACUCUUGACUUAAAAUGUUAUCACUAUUGUGAUAACGAAAUAAAUUUCUUUAGGAUUUUAGACGCAUAAAUGUCCUGAAACCGAUUUGAUCAUGUUCAAUUAUAUUUAUUGAUGCUUUCGUGGAAUAAACAAUGAAGAAAACGGUAAAAGAAACGGCAAAUCUGAAAAUGCAGCCAGUUUUUUAAAAACUAUUUUAACUUAUUGGGAUAAACAUAAAUCUAAAUUCUUACGAUUAAAUAUUUUUCAUGAUAAACGCUGCGAUAAAUUCUGAUUUGGUUCGCAGACACUUUAAGGAUUGUUCAUAGUUUCUUCCGCAUCAAUAAAAGCAACAGUUUCAUCUAAGAAAAGGAAACCCCAGAUCAUAAUACUGCCACCACCAUGUCAGCCUGUCUGAUCAUUUUCCAAUCUAUCUUUGUAUCAAUUUUUGAAAUGUUAGUGCAAACCGUAGCGCGCGCGUGUAUAGUUUCUCUAAAAAUACAGGUGAACUGAACUUCACUCAGGUUCCUCAGAUUUACGWUUUUUUUUUUUUUUUUUUUUUUUGAUGCAUUUAAGAAAACAAAAUGUUAAAAUUGAAUCCAAAGGUGCAUAAAAUAUUUGUCUUGAGGGAUUUGCAUACUUAUCCCACAUUUUCCUCUCUAAUAGAUUUAUUCUUUGUUUUGUUAAAUUGUUCAGGUUAGAUGUCAAAUUAAAGGUAGAAAAAGUUUUGAAAUGAUUCAGCAGCACAAGUUGUUCUCUGACUACAAAUAUACAACAUAUAAACCUGCUUCUUUUCCAUCACUAGAGAUAUUUUAGUUAUUCAUGUUCAUAGAUUAUAAGAAAAACACACAGAAUACAUCUGAAUCAAUAUAAGCUCACUUAACGAGUUUAGUUCAAUCAAUAAAGAGGAAGUAAAGCCGUUAAAUUGGAAACCUCUACGCCAUCAUGAACGAAUAUUUAAUGAACUGAGUCCGGCUGAAAACAAUGAAACCUUAAGAACUAAUGGAAAGUUUACUCUGAGGUCUGCAGCUGGCUUUAAGCAUGACCGGUGCUAUCUUUGCUCUCAGAUCAAACGCUUUUCUGUCUCCUGGAUUUCUGUCUGUGAGUUUUAGAGCAUGAAUGUUGGGGAUCCUCCUGAAAGCACAGAUCAAAGUGACGUCGUCCUCGUUGUUUAGGGAACAUUUAUCCAUCCGUGUCGGUUUCCGUUCGCUUUCUGACGCUCUGUUCACCCUGGAAAUGUUCUCAUGAACUAAACCUUCAGAGUUUAUCGAUUCGGCUGCAGACACUGCCACCUGGAGCGCAGUCCGGACUUUGAUCCGUCGAGGUUUCCGAUUACACAGCAGAUCCAGUCUAGACGCCUGGAGCAGCUGCUGUUGUGGUGCUGGUUUCCAGUGUAGACGGAGCGUCUGGGUCGUCUCAGUUAGUGUAGAAGAUAAGGAACUUUAUUCUAUUUUAAAACCUGUAAUAGGAGCCUCCAUGUCUGCAUGCAUUUCUGGAUUUUUUCCCCUCCAGCCUCUUUGUUUACACACAAGUAACAGGUUUAGCAGCUGCUUUACUUUAACUGAUGCCAUCAAUUAAUGAUGUAGUUCACAGUUUGUACAGCAGAGGCAUCAUUUUACACUUUUCCGAUCCACAUCAGGGCUUUUUUUUUUUUAAUUUAACAAAUACUUUGAUUGACAACAAACCACUCUUAAAACCAGAAGAGAAGCACUUCUGCCUUAUGAACCUGCAGUUUCUAUCACUUGUCUGUACAUGCAUGUCUGUAUUUUUACUUGACCAGAUCUUGGAAACAUGUAUCCAGUUUCUGCUUCUUUUUUACGCUGUUGACGGCAGCAGUAACAAAACUUGACCUGUUGGUGCAUUUUGUCAACAACCAAAGCGUGUGUGUCUGUUGCGUGGAUACAUCCGACUUCUCAGGCUCUGAAUUCGUCUCUCUGAAUGUCUCGUUUCACACGUCGUCUGCUCUCUUCACAUGAACCUGGUUCGUGUUCUCUGCAGCUCUUUGGAGGGCUGACGUCUUUUUAACUACAUGUAAUCACGCUGUAAAUAUUUAACUGAUUUGUGCCAAAAUGUGGUUUUUAAAAGCUUAAGCAUCUAAGAGCUGAAUACGUGAUUCUGGAGGAUUUUUUGUGUAUAUCUCAUGUGCAUAUUUAUAAUGAUCUGUGCCGCUAUUAAAGGGGAUUUAAGGUG